AAAUCUAAACCCAACCAAUCAAAUUCAACCAUAAUGUCCACGUGUCAACCCCCACAACUAUAUUCAAUCCAAACUACCACUCUUCCCAAAAAAAAAAGAAAGAAAAACGCCAUUGUUGGUCUGCAACAAUGGCCAUGAGAACACUUCAGUCAUCGCUAUACUUAUCUUCUUCGUCUUCUUCGUCCCCAAAACCCUCUUCGUCUUCACCAACAUCAUCAUCAACAUCAUCAUCUUCUUCUUCUUCGCCGUCGUCGUCAUUUUCUCUGCCAAAUAUCCCCUUAAUCCCACCGAAACCCAACAAGAGCGUUCUCCACAAGCACCCACUCUACGCUCCAACCCAAUCCAACCUCUCUCUCCAAAUCAAAGAAAAGAUCGUCUGCCUCGAAAUCAUGGGAAUCGACUCAGGCAAAGCUCUAGCCCACAACCCAUCUCUCCACUCCGCCACACUCGGCUCCGUCGAAUCCAUCAUCACCUUCCUCAGAUCCAAAGGCAUCCAACAAAAAGACCUCAAAAAGAUCUUCGGAAUGUGCCCCAAGAUUCUCACCUCCGACAUCGCCGCCGACCUCAUCCCGGUCUUCGAUUUCCUGACGCGAGAUCUCCAAGUCCCUUUCCACAGCCUCAGAAAGGUGAUCAACAAGUGCCCCAGGCUGCUGGCGUCGAGCGCCAGAGACCAGCUGAAACCGGCUCUCUUCUACCUCCAGAGGCUGGGGUUCAAGGACGUGGAGGCUCUGGCCCAGAACGACGCCGUUCUGCUGGUGUCCAGCGUGGAGAAGACGCUGAUACCGAAGCUGAGGUUCUUGGAGAGCUUGGGGGUGUCGAAGGAGGAGGCGGUGGCGAUGGUGGUGAGGUGUCCGACGCUGUUCACGUUCAGCAUAGAGAACAACUUCAAGCCCAAGUUUGAGUAUCUGGUGGAGGAGAUGGGGAGGAAGGUGGAGGAGGUGAAGGAGUUUCCGCAGUACUUUGCGUUUAGCUUGGAGAAGAGGAUUAAGCCAAGGCAUAUGGAGAUUGUGAGGAGAGGGUUGGAGAGGGAGGUGGGUCUGCCAUUGAUGCUCAUCUCUACUGAUGACCAGUUUACACAGUUGAUUAACCCUAACCCUAUUCCCACUCCUAACGACUAGUCCGUACUAGUAGUGUAUCUUCAUUGCUAGUAUUGAUUAAUUUGGUUAUUACUUUUUUUUUUUUUUUUUUUGUAAAGCUCCAUCAUUAAUAACUAUAUAUAAAUAAAACAUAUAUUGAAGAAUUUUCAAUAAAAAAAAUAAUAAUUGAGUCA